CCUGUUCAUGCGAGGAUUGAUUCAACAUGAAACUAAGCAAAGACGUUUCCACUUCCUCAAGUCUGCCGCAGAAUGUACAUCACGAGCGAAUCGUAUCUCUGGAACUCUCCGAGGAUUCCAUCAAAUCAGUCCACCAAGCAGAGAAGCUACAAGGGAUUGGAGGUGAGACAAAGAAGAGACUACAGACCUACAGUGUUGAGGGCGAGUUGGAUGAUGGUCCACCUAAACUUGGGAAAUUUGUCAGUUCAGCUGGUGCCAUACUACUGGCUUUGUUGGAGUCUACAGAGAAAGCCUUGGCAGAUGACCACAGGCAGGAGGAAGUGGUUCUGGUCCCAGAGCCUGAGGUCAAAAGUCGUGCCCGGCAGUUGUCAGAGGAGCGAUUUCUGAAAGAUUAUCAUGAUGGUCUGUGCGCCGCCUGGUGGAGAAUGGAGGUACUAAUUAAGCGGGACUUGGUGAAGAGAAGAACGUUACACAAACAGCCUGUGUACCAGCUCCUACCCCUGGGAAUAGAAACGGCCUGCCGUGUUAAAACACAUUUCACCUACCCCAUAGGCUCAGACCCAUGCCAAAAAGCAGUUAAAACUGAAGGUCCGAAAAACUUCCUGUAUACCAACGACAAAGGGGGCGAUGGGGUAAUAUUGCAAGUGGACCACAGAGAACUUGGUGGUGAUCGGCUGGGUCUAGGUCAGCUGUGUGACCUACUAUCAGUGGAGGGUCUGACUUAUAGAACACGACAGCUGACGACUGGAGACUACCAGUGGGGGUGGCGAUGUGACGGACAGGAACGUAUCCUUCCUUGCGUAGCCGAGCGUAAACGUGUAGAUGACAUGGCUCGGACCCUGAAAGAGGGACGGUUCUGGACACAGGUAACCAAGAUGAAGGGAUUUAAGUCUGAGUUUGAGGAGAAGGGUGUGGCUUGUGUUGUACACUACCUAGUGGAAGGAAACCCGGAGAAGUAUGUUGUUCAAUGUGCUGAUGGCUGUCAUGGAGUCGGCAGAUGUGGCCAUCCUUCCCUUCAACAGGUCAAGUGUGCAUUCCGAGACUUAGCUGGCGAUACUGACUUGGUUACCCAGGCAACAGAGGACCUUCAGGCUACAGUGGCUGUCAUCGCAUCUAUAACUACCGACCUUCAGCAGAGAACGAGAAAAGGAGAGUUCGACCAUCUUGUUGCCAUGGAGCUUGACCAGUCCUCUGAGUCAACAAAUAAAGUUACUACACCUUUAAAAUGUGAUGAAUUCAGGGGGUCAAAGGUCACAAUGAGAGAAAAGGUCGUUUGUGUGGAUAGUGACAGCAAUGAUUCUCUUGACGUCAGAUUAUAUUCUCAAAGGUCAUUAGGGUCAAAGGUCAAACUGGAAGAAAGGUCACAUGGAAGAGAACCCAAUAGUAACUUCAUCACUGUCUUUAAAUAGAUAUUGUAAGGAAAAUACUCCGCCACCAUGUCACAAGUUUUCUAGUCUAAAGGCAACACAACGAAACACUGCCAUUUGUGGUGACAACGAUGACGAGUAUGAGGAUAAUCUUGAUCUUGAAAAUACAUCUGGGCAUCACACAUGUUCAAAAAUGGCAAAUAAAACAUAUUCUAGUCAAGCAUUUCAAGCAAGGUCCGUCUCUGAUUUGAACAUGGCAGGCCAUGGCUCCUGUAAGAUGGAUGACCAUGUAGUGAGUCCCUCUAACAGGACUUCCUCUGAAUCCUCUAGGAGACGAGAUUUACCUCCCCUGGAACCCCUAGUACAGUAUCACUGUAUGGGGUCCUAUUCUGGCCCCUCGCCUUCCAAGAGGUCUAGGGAGACAUCAGGGGCUGUUUACAAACCGAAGAUGACCAGCUUGUCCAACAGUGGGGGUGCCUACAGACCAGGUACACCUGAUGAGAUGGAUUCAUUUGAGAGAGAAUCGACCACAUCUUAUAGACCCAAAAUCUCACCUAACCAAAAGUCAACGGAUAUUCAGCCGCCAUCUUUUAGGGCAAAAAUCUCCCUCAAACAAAAGUCGAGGGAUAUUUACCGACCAAAUACAACAGAUAAGACAAAUUUGUUUCAAAGAACAUCACGAAACUCUCCAAUCAAUAAAUAUAGACCUAAAAUAUCCACAAGUCCGACAGAAAGAGAUGAGAGCAGACCGUAUACGACAUCUUUCCCGCCUGAACGUGAUGAUGUUGAAUCAUACUCAAAUAAAACAAACAUGUAUCGACCAAAAUUUGUCGCAAACAGGGAUGAAGGGGAUUUAUGUAAACCUAGUUCAUCCAAUGGAGGUGAAUAUGAGAAUACGUCCCACACAUGGAAUACCUGUCCACCUAACGUGUACCCCAGUUUUAGACAAACAGGUGGACUAAAGCCUUCCUAUGAGCAUGAGAAAACGUCUAACUGUGAAAAGUAUGGAACUUAUUCCAGUGAAAUCCUUGAUGCUUCCAGUGCUAAAGAUUUCUGUGGGUACAAAUCACCUGUAGACAGUUUUGGGAAAAGGAAAAUAGUUAACCUCAAUAAGACUAGACAAAUCAAAUAUGUCGGACAACAAAUUUCAGCAAAUAAAUCUGGUAAGAAGAAAGCUACAGGCUGGAAGAUGUCUGAAGUUCUUCACAGUAAUGAGUGGCCGGAUGUGGACAGUUCUGAUAGUGCUAAUGAAGAGGAUUUAGAUAUGAUUGUUGAACGCAAACCUGUCCUAAGGGAGACAACUCCUAAAUCCAAGGUUAGGUUAGAUACAGGUUCUGACAGUGACAGUUUGCCUUAUGUUGGUCUAGGGCAGGAUGAGGAUUACGAUUCUGAUGACCUUCCAGAUCCAACAUGGCAGCCAACCUCCAGUAAAGGUCAAGGUCAUCAUAGAGCUUUACUACCCCAAACCAGUCCGAUAAAUUCAUUAUCGCAUGAGGUGAAAACAAAACGUAGUUCUGGUCACGGUCGUGGCGGUUCACCAGGAUGUUCUUCAGCAACUAAAGGACAAGGGAAUUCUAGUCAAAGUGAAGAUAAAAUCCGAUUGGUCAGUUCUGUCUUACCUCAUGUGCCACGGAUCCAAAUUAUGUUAUCAUUAGAACGUCACGGUUGGAAUGUUGACCUGUGUGUGGCGAGUCUGCUGGAUAAUAUAUCUUAAUGAUACUUUGAUGACAGCAGUUCAAUAAUUCACAUUAGGCAACUUCAUUAGUAAAUUUGACAAUACAAUAAAAAACAAUUGAGUGUGGGCGAUGUAAUAUUUUUUUCAAAUGGGUCAUAUUUUUUUGUUUUUUUAACUACAUUUCUGCUUUUAAAAAAGACAUGCAUUUUUUGCAUAAACUGUGAAACUCUUUUUUGUAAUUUCUACUUCAAAGGAAUUCAUUUUUCUUGUUUUUACUAGCAGCAUUUAUACUCGGAUUUUAGCAACCAUGUUUAAAAUAAUUCAUAUCAAAAGUUUAUGUUAACUUUAAAUCUGUUAAAGAUCAAUAAUUUAAAGGUAAAUGAAUAAAUAUUGUUAUGUAUUCAUAUUUAUGUGGAAAUGCAACAAUAUGAAAAGUCAUCCAGUAUGUGGCCAUUAUGACAUCAUAAGCAAUAUUUCAAUGCAGAUCGGUAAUUCAAUCUUCAGAAUCAAGUUAUCAGUAAUCAUGAAUUUCUUAAUUUUAUUUGAAGUGAAUAAAUAACUAGAUAAGAAAGCAAAAGAUCUAGAAAUGUGAAUAUGGGAGCUACACUGCCCAGCUUUGGUAAUAUUUGUUGAAAUAUUUCUCUUAAUAUUGAAACAAUAAUCCAUAUACAAUGUACAUGUAAUAUAUUUGGAUAGUGUUGAUGGUGUGACACCUAAGAAAAUAAAACCUAUCUAGUAA